AUGGGACGCAUCCGCGAUUGGGUGCAAGAGAACUUCCCUGGUGCCGUGAUAGAGCAGAAGACCUAUCAUGGGCAGGUACGGUUCAGUAUCCCUGCAACAGCGGCGUCUUCAUCUUCGAAGGCAGAUAUCACUGAAUAUGCAGAGAGUCCUGUCGCCGAUGAAGAAGAGCUCGGACGCGAACUCAGAAGUCAAUCAUGGCCUAUGGUUCAAGGGGGCCCAAGUGCUGCCAACAACGGCAUCGUCAGUACCAUAUUCUCGAAGCUGGAGCAGAGCAAGGCUGUUCUAGGCGUCCAGUAUUACUCUGUCAGCCAAACUACAUUGGACCAAGUCUUCCUCGCCAUUGUUGGCCAGCAUAAUAUCCGGGAGGAGAAUGCUGGAUAG